ACUUUACUUUUUGAUUAUAAUACUCUUCGGUCUUUUUUUUACAUUCUAAUAUUGAAAACUUUAAUCCCUAUAAAUUUCAGAAUGAAUUUGAACUAAAAUGGCUCCGAAGGGAAGAAAGAGGAAAGUAUCGGAGUUGGUGGAAACCCCGGUUGAUCCUGUUCUAAAUGUGAAACCCUCUCCUGAAUAUAGACACUGGCUGAUGAAAUCGGAACCUGACUCAAGGAAGGAGAACGGAGUUGAGAUGAAGUUUAGUUUCGAUGAUCUGAAGAUGUCCGAGGGUUCCCGAGCCUGCUGGGAUGGGGUUAGAAACUAUCAGGCCAGAAAUUUUAUGAGAAAUAUGAAAAUCGGAGACAAGGCGUUCUUCUAUCAUUCGAAUACCAAACCUCCUGGAAUUAUAGGAAUAGUGGAUAUUGUUAAAGAAGCGUAUACUGAUCAUACCCAGUUUGACAAGAAGGAUCCACAUUAUGAUCCUAAAUCAUCCAAGGAUGCCCCAAGAUGGGAGAUGGUGGAUGUGCAGUAUGUCCGUACUACUCAGAGAUAUAUCCCUCUAGACGAACUCAAGAGGAUUCAUCUUGAGCAUAAAGCGAAGGGAGGACCUCUAUCCAACCUUGCUCUCUUUACCCGAGCCCGUCUCAGUGUUCAACCAAUAACUCAGGAGGAAUGGGAUUUCAUCUUGUCUCUGGAGAAAACUGAACCCUAAUCUUCAUGUACUUAAUUGAAAAGGCUGUGAAACAUUUCCAAAAUUCAUCUUUACUAUUUUAUAUGUAACUCUUUUAACCCAUUCCAGUACAUUUACCUAGUUCAUAUUAAUAUUAAUGCACCAGCACAACUGAUCUCCGUGAAACCAUAAUUUGACCUGAUAUUUCAGA